AUGUCGUUUAUUCCUCCUCAGGACCCACUGCCUCCCUACCCCGCAACACCGAUUGGACCGCAACCCUACGCUCCGCCACCGUACCAGCCACCGACGAUUGGCUCUGCCUGGGGCUCCUCUCCCAGUGGACCCGGAAACCCAGGGCUGCCCUAUCCAGCAACAGCACCUGGAGCCCCAAAUCCCAACACUGGUAGUGGUUGGAACGCACCCGCUCCACCCUACCCGCCCAAAUGA